AUGGCAUCAAUUUAUCGUCAAAAUCAUAAUGGUUUUUCUCCAAAGAGUCCUGGUUUACUUCCAACUCCAAAUUCACCGAUUAUUAAAAGCUCUAACAUGGAUAAUUAUAUUAAAUCGUCAUGUGUUCCUAUCCCGUAUCAGGCUGUUAUGGUAGCCGAAAGUUGCUCGAGUAUUGUUGAUAUUUCAUCAUGGGAUAUUAAUGUAUCUACUAAGAGUUUAAAAAUCAAAUUUGAAUGGGCAACUGGUGAUGGUACACGUUCUAUGUCGAAAGAUCCUUUCCCGAAGGCUGUUAUUAAAGCUAUUUCAUCGUAUAAUUUGUCUCAGCCUUCGUGGUCAACUUCGUAUUCAAACAAGAAGUUAUUAUUGCAUGUUGAAUGGAAAAUAACAGCUCCAAACGAUCCGAAAUCUGACUCUAAGUCGUAUGCUUAUUCGCCUUCAUUAAAUCCCUUAUCUACACCGUUUCAAUCGUCGUCUAUUGCCUCUAACAUCGAAGAUUCAGGCUACAAAUCGUUUGAUUCGAAUAUGCGUUACAAUGUAAACAAAUCCCGCAUAUAUUCCAACUCACCUGUGCCAAAUACAAAACUAUUUCAUUCUCCUUCAAAUUGUUCUGAUCGCCACGAUGUUUAUCGCCCUAAAUCAAGUGGAACUGAUAAUUCUCAAUCGCCUGACAAGUUAAAAUCGAAAACCUUUCCUAAAAUCGCCGAAACUCAGGUUGAAAUUGCAAUCAUUCCGGAUAAAGUCGAUUGUGUUAAUAAUUCACAGAGUCAUGCGAGUGUCUGUAAUCAACAUAUUGAUAGUCACGCGAGCGGAAGUAACGCUGCCAACAACAUCUUGGCCGCCGCUGAAGACCCCAACGAUCGUUUGUCUGCUACCGAUCUUAAUUCCACCAAUACUGACAUGCCUAAUGACAAUUCUGUGAUCGACAAUAUAACUCCAAAUAAAUCCAAGUCUACUAAAGUAACAUCUACCCCAUUUAAAUAUGAAAUCUUAAAGAAUUCAAAGAAUGGUGAUUUUCGUGCAGCCCUCAAUCUGUUGUCGCUAAUACUUCAGUCGUGA